AUGGACACCACAGCUAUCGUGUCCGACGACCAGUUGGACCCUCCCGUGCGGCUCUUUGAGCGCCUCCGCCAGAUCGCUGGCUACACCUGGGAUGAGUCCACGGCCCCUGUCCAUACCAGCUUCGAUGCCUGGCUCAUCUGCGGAACUCGCUUCGUCUCCCCGUACAGUUCAAGCCCUCCUCACCAUGCUUCGAGUCCGGGAUCCACCUGUCGGUUCCCCUCUGGGCGACCUUCACCCUCCGAUAUUUACGUAUCUCCCAACUUCCAUAUCGAUUUAAGCUCCGAAUCCUCGAAUACGACUCCGCCUGCCCUGGCUCCGAACGUGCCCGAGAUAUCAUAUAUUGAAGAACCUGUCCUUGCCCGUGUAUCUUACCAAGUGGUCCGCGAAGAGCGAGCCUUCCACAUAACCAAGAGCUUAGUGUCAUCCGCAGAUCCCCAGGGCGACCACAUUAUCAAACCACUAGAUCUCCUCCGCUUAACUCCACACCAAGGCGACCGCGGUCCUAUCGUGCUUGCCAUCUAUCAGCAUCCGGGCCCUAAUGCGCUCCGCAGACUCGUUGACCUGGGUCCCGCUUUCUACACCUCUCGCAAAUUCGAAGAUACCUACCAUGCGCACAUUAAAACCGACUUACCCCUCGAUCCUCCCAUCAACCUAAGAGACUUCCUCAACUUUGCCAUCGGCGCCGCACAGUGCCUCGAGAUUUUGCAUCAUGGCUUGGGCAUGAUUCAUGGCGAGAUCCGGGGCGAUGCCUUCCACUAUAAUAUAGAAACCAACAAAGUUAGACUCGUUUCCUUCGGCUCUGGCGUUCGAUCCUUCGAACAUGGCCUGACCAGCACGGGCUGGUUGGCAUUAUCGCGGGAGCUCGGUGCCAAGAAUAAACUAUUGUACAUCAGUCCCGAACAGACCGGUCGCAUGCCCGCCGAACCCGACAGCAGGACCGAUAUUUACUCCCUCGGCGUUCUAUUUUGGAGUCUCCUCACCCAGCGGCCCGUAUUCGAAGGCGAAACUCCCCUCGAUAUCGUCCAGGGCGUCCUGAGGCGCCGCAUCCCGCCCGUUUCCACGAUGAGGCUCGAUGUGCCGGACGUGAUUGGUAGAAUCAUCCAAAAGUGCACUGCAAAGAAUGUUGGGGAACGAUAUCAUUCGGCGAGCGGUCUUCGGCACGACCUUACUACGAUACAGGAACUCCUCGGUGACUGCGACUGGCCCGCGCUUCAGGAACUAGACAUUGGAACCAAAGACGUCUCUUCCUUCUUCAUAUUACCCACCAAGAUGAUCGGACGGGAUCCCGAGCGGGCCAUGCUUCUCAAGGCUAUCCAGCGAGUUGCCUUGAGCCAUUCCGUUAACCAGAAGACGGGCGCCGGUGCCAACCGUUUCUCCGACGCCUCUAGCUUCUCCAACGAGUUCCUCGACGGCGCCGAUGUCUCAAGUGAGGGCGCCAGCUCCGCCGAUGGCAACAAUAGACUCAGCAGUUCUUAUGCUGCCACCGUAUGCUCCGAUCCCAGGCAGCCAAAAAACCCCUUCCAACCGUCUCACCUAGCCGAAACUCAGACGAUCAAUAGCGUCAAUAGUGACACCCUGCCAUCGCCUGCGUCCGGUCCCGCGGCAAGAAUUCCUAAGCCCUGGGAUCGUCAUCAUUCCGUAUCUUUCGAAACGAAGAGCCUGAUGGAGAGCGCCAUGGCGGACCGUCAUAGCGCCGUCGAGUCUUCCUCCUCUUCGAGCCUCUCGCGGAAACUCGGAUCGGCCAAGUUUCGUCAGCGCGGCCAUACCGAAGUCGUUACCAUCGAGGGUGUCGCCGGGCAAGGCAAAUCUUUUUUGGUGCAGUCCGUGCUGGCUGACGUGCGGCGGCAAGGGUAUUGUGCGACGGCAAAGUUCGACACUGCGAGAAGGACUCCGUACGGCCCGCUUCUCAAGCUUCUUUCUUCUCUCUUUAGGCAGAUUUGGGGCGAACGAAACACCGAAACACCAUUCCAUUUGGCACUUAAGCAAUAUGUGCGACCGGCCUGGCCCAUGCUUCACCCCCUCCUCGGACUACCAGAGUUCCUACUUGGCCAGGAUAAGGAGAAGGAGAAGGAGAAAGAGAAUGUGAGCGGCAACGGUAAUGACGGUGGAGGCAGCGUGCCUGCUGCACCUGGAACCGCGAGAUCUGCCUCGACAUCCUCACGACCACCCCUCAAGAGGCGAACCUCUUCCCCGGGGGCGUCUUCCAGGAUAUCCCGGAUAUCAUCGGUCAGCUGCCAGAGCUCUCAGGACUUCCUACGCGCCGGUGCGGCCACCAAGACGUCGCGCCUGCUUAACACGUUCCUCGAUGUCUUGCGCAUGUUCACUGCCCACAAGUUCAUCUGCUUUUGCCUUGACGAUUUGCAUUAUGCCGAUGAUGAGUCUCUCGAGCUGAUCUCCCAGAUCAUCGCUGCGAGGAUGAGAAUGGUUAUUAUUGUGACGUACCGACCGGACGAGAUUUCACCUGAGAGGGUAAAUCGCAUCCUUCACCCGCCCGAAUCAGAACAAAUCUCGCGUUCAGGGGGACCGGUCAUCACCAAGAUCGUCCUUGAACCGUUAAUCGAGGCGGAUAUUGUGGAAUACGUCUCAGACACACUUAGCAGGCCCAAAAAGGAGGUCCUGCCGCUGUCUCUCGUUAUCCAGUCCAAGACGGCCGGCAACCCGUUCUAUAUGCGGGAGAUGCUAAAUGCGUGCCAUAGAAAGAAAUGCAUCUGGUACGACUACAGAGACACCCAGUGGCACUUCGACCUCGACAAGCUGUUUGAUCAAUUCCGGGGUGAGAAGGAUUAUGAUGUCCUCGAUACUGGCUUCAUCACUCACCGUCUGAGCGAGUUGCCGCCAGCCUCCCGCUCUAUACUCGCCUGGGCGGCUCUACUUGGGCAGGCAUUCUCCUUCCAACUUAUUCUCCGACUGCUGAAUGGAGAAUUUACUCGUGACCUUGAUGACGAGGGCUCCUGUCCACCCUUAGAAUCCUAUUCGCAGCAAGACGCGGUCGCGGGCCUCCAAGCUGCUAUACAAGCAUAUAUAUUAGUCCCUAGCGACUCCGAUGACGUCUUCCGCUUUGCCCAUGACCGGUACAUCCAAGCUGCGGCUGCCUUGAGGGAAUGCCAAGCGAGAAGGAUGCAUUUCGCGAUUGCGCAGACGCUCCUCAAGCACUACAGUUGCGAUGAAGGAAUGCAGGAGAGCACGGCAUUGCACAUCUGUGAGGCUGUGGAUCUUAUCAGGCGCCGUAUUAAGAUCCGACAACCGUUCCGUAAACUCCUAUUCGAAUGUGCCCAAGUAGCCACCGAAAACGGUGCUAGGCCCACCGCGGCGAAGUAUUACAGCAGCGCUGUGGCGCUGCUACAACCUAACCCUUGGGUGGACGAUGCGGAAGAUGUCUCUUAUGAAGAGACUAUCCAACUCUAUCUACGGGCUGCAGAGUGUGCCCUCUUCAUGGGCCACCAUGCGGCCGCGAACAGCCUCCUCUCAACUAUUUUUAAGAGCGCUAGAUCUGCUUUAGACAAAGCCCCGGCUUACGUCUUACGGUCGAGAAUUUUUGCGCAGAGCGGCGACGCCGAUUCUACAUUAAUGUCCCUCAAAGACUGUCUUCUAGCUCUCGGCGUGGAGAUCGACGAAAAUACUACGUACCAGAAAUGCGACGAGUGGUUCGAGGGCCUCUGCGUAAAGGUUCAAACAAUAGAUCGGGACGAAUUGAUGCGUUCGAGAGAACCAGUUGACCAGAACCUUGCCUCUAUCGGAGCGGUUCUUGUUGAGACUCUCAGUGCCGCUUGGUGGAUCGACUCGCUACAAUUUUACCACCUCUCUCUAACCAUGAUGGACCUUCACUUGAAGUCCGGCGCCCUUCCGCAAUCAGGCAUGGCCUUUAUGCAUUUCGCAGUCGUCGCCCUCUCCCGAUUCAAUAUGGUCCAAUUCUCGUGUGACCUCUCCACGAUGGCCAUGAAGCUUCUCGACAAGUACCACGACCCGUUCACAAACUCCCGGGGCUUCCUCAUGUUCGCCAACUUCCUGGCGCAUAUUAACUACCCCCUAAGCGAUACCGUUACCCAGAUGGAAGGGUUGGUGGAGUACGCCGCCGUGGCCGGGGAUCGCAUAUCGACUAUCCUUUGUGUCGGCAUCUGCGCACUUGUGAGGUUUUACGCAAGCGAGAACUGCGCCGACCUCGAAGCGUAUUGCCAGUUUGGAUGCGAGGAGAUCCCUAACUGGCAUCAGGAUUCUCGCGGCGGCACCGUACUCAUAUCUGUUCGGCAGACGAGCAGGGCUCUUCAGGGAAAGACGAGGACUUCGGAGCCUAACCAUGUGCUUACUGACGAACACCACGACAUGGCUGUCUACAAGCAGUGGCUACAUGACAAUACUCGCAACGGAAACCGCUCGUUACUCGUGUACGAGACGUUUGAGACUCUCAUUCUCUUCCUUUUCGGACACUACGACAAGGCCGUCGAAGUGGGUGGCCGAUGCCUUGAAAACAUAUCGAAGCUGUGGUCUUCGCGGAAUACUCGAUUGACGAUGGUUGCGUAUGGCCUCGCGCUCGCAGCGCGGAUAUUUCAAAAGUUGCCAGAUCCGAGGCUGGCCGAUACCGACGAGCUGAAAGCGGAGGUUAAUGACGCGAUUACACAGCUGAGGGAUUUGACGAAGAAAGUGUCUGACUGGGAGGCUGUCAACAACGUCAACUACCUCGCUUGGUCGAAGUUCUUGGGUGCUCAAGUCGAAGAACUCUCAGGAAAUGCUGCGUUCGCCAUUCAACGGUAUGAAGAAGGACUAGACCAUGCUGCUGAAAACGGGUUUUUGUUCGAAGAAGCUCUUGGCAGCUAUCUGUUAGGCGCGUGUUUCCUCCGACGCAACGCGAGGAGAUCCGCGCGGGCCGUCCUGCGAGACGCCACUAGCCUAUACCGACAGUUCGGGGCGUUAGGUGUAGCUGACCAUAUUCUAGAGGAGCACGCCGGUCUCCUAUACGAUGCCCGCGUGUACCCACGCCUCGCGGACGCGGGUAUCCAAACAGACUUUGCGCCCGAUGUGGGCCACGUGCCCUAUCACACCCAUGUCAACAAUGAAGAAGACGAUGAGCUGGAGCAAAAUGCGCAACUCUCCGAUACCAAGGGGGACCGUAUCGGAGCGUGGACCGGCUCUAUGCAUAUGCAGCAGGAGGCUGGCGCUGGCUUGCCGGCACUUGAUAUGAUUGAUUUACAUGCCAUCUUGCUCUCCUCGCAAGCGAUGUCAUCAGUGCUUCAAGUUGAGGAUCUCCUGCAGACCAUGUGCGAUGCGAUAUUACAAACCUGCGGCGGAUCAGCAACAUUGGCGUCCAUUGUGGUUUCGGAUGACGACAAUGGUUGGUGCCUUGCCGCCAGUGGAGAUCCGGAACGGGGCGCGUCGGCUCACAUACCUGGUCUGCCACUCUCGGGAACGUCACUUGUGGCAGAGAACGUGGUCCUUUACUGUACGCGAUUCCGGGAGCCUGUCUUUAUUACCGAUCUCCUGAGCGACGAGAGAUUUGGCAACGUGAGCGAAGCCUGGCUCCAGCGGAAUCCAAGGAGCAAGGCCGUCAUCGCCAUUCCGAUAUCGCAUGGCGAGAAGCCGCUUUUGGGAGUCCUCUACCUGGAGGGCGAGCCCGGAUCGUUCACGGACCGCAACGUGACGGUGCUUCAGCUCCUCGUCAAUCAGAUCGGCAUCAGCUACUCCAACGCAAUGGCUAUGAAGGCGAUCGAAAAGGUGUCGGCCGAGUACGUGUCUGCACUCACGCUGCAGAAGGAUGCAUUGGCCAAAGCCCUCGAGGCUGAGACCAAGGCCAAGCAUGCCGAGGCCGAAGCCAAGCGCAACGUUAAACUAGCGGAGGAGGCGGCGCGGGCCAAGUCUAUCUUCCUGGCGAACGUAUCUCACGAGCUGCGCACGCCGCUCAACGGCGUUAUCGGCAACUCAGAACUUUUGAGAGAGAGCAACCUUAACAAGGAGCAGCAGGAGAUGGCAGACUCCAUUCGGGUGUCUGCCGAUCUGCUACUUACCGUGAUUAACGACAUUCUAGACUUUUCUCGCAUGGAAGCAGACAAGAUGAAACUCUAUGUCAGCGCGUUUAAUCCCGGGGAUAUGCUUAGUGAGGUGGUGCGCGCUGCGUCCUACAGCAACCGUGAGAAGGCGGGCCGCGUCAGUAUCGUCCAGGACAUCAAGUUACCUCCCAUGCUUAUCUACGGAGACCCGAUCCGGCUGCAUCAGGUACUCGGCAAUCUCAUAGGGAACAGUUUGAAGUUCACCGAGAACGGCUCGGUCACGAUCGGGGCGCGCGUGGAGUCCGAUACCCAGGACAAGGUGGCACUCACCUUCUGGGUCGAAGAUACCGGCAUUGGCAUACCACCGCAACAGCUGGCCAAUUUAUUCCAGCCGUUUAGCCAGGCCGAUGCCAGCACGGCGCGCAAGUACGGAGGUAGCGGGCUGGGCCUCAGCAUCUGCAAGAACCUUAUCGAGACGAUGAUGAAGGGCAAGAUUCAGCUGGAGAGCCAAGAAAAUGUGGGUACCCGGGCCUGGUUUACGGUCACGUUCGAGAAGGCGUCGGCGGACGCCAUGCUCGGGGAUGCCGUCGGCUCGGAGCCCGUCUCGCCGAGUUCGCUGACCGGAACCGGAGUGUCGCCGGCAGAGUCGUCUUCGGAUUCAGAUCACAGCUUGGGAUCCAACCCGUUUAUCGACCUGUCGCAGGUGCCGAAGGACGAGCUACGGAUCUGCAUCGCCGAGGAUAACCCGAUCAACAAGAAGAUCGCCAUCCAGUACGUCAAGCUACUAGGGUAUCCGAACGUCGACGCAUACGAGAACGGGCAAAAAGCCGUCGAAGGCUUGCGGCGGAGAGCCGCCGAGGGUCGGCCAUACCAUGUGAUCUUGAUGGACGUGCAGAUGCCGAUCCUGGACGGUUACGAGGCCACGAAGGUCAUUCGGAAGGACUCGAACGAGGAGGUCCGGAAGGUCCUCAUCAUCGCCAUGACGGCGUCGGCCAUUCACGGGGACCGGGAGAAGUGUCUUGCGGCGGGGAUGAAUGAUUAUCUUGCGAAGCCGGUGAGGUCGGACGUUUUGAAGAAGAAACUGGAGGCUUAUGUUGGGCAUUCGGAGGAUGCGAGCCCUGAGCCGAAACCAGUGGCGGCGGCGGACGCAGUGGCCACAAGGGAUGGCGAACGCAAUAUGUCAACACCACAAAGGUUAGGCAGUAGCGGAAACCACGAGGAUGGUGUCAAUGGCAAUCCGAGAACCGUCUCAAACAACGACUCGUCGAGAAAUGCUGCUCCCCCGAGUGGAACCUCUAGUGCAGGGCGCAACUCGCUCAGCGGUCAGCAGUCGUCAGAUGUCGGGGCUUCCGCGGCAGACUCUGGUGGCGGCACUACCAAACGGCAGCCUCGCAAGCUCGUCAAGAAUAGAACUAGCGGUGAUCUCGGCUCUCAAGGACAGUCGACAACGCAAGCUGUCUCUCCCACCCAGGGUCCUGUUCCGGGCGUGGCUCAGGUACAGACUCAGACCUCAUCGCAACAGGCUCUUCCAAUAGUUGCUGAUAGGGAGAAGCCCAAAGGAGUCCUGACGAAGAAACCUCCUGCUAGUCACGAGUAG